CUGCUGCUGAAAAGAAGCUUGAAGAGACUGACAUGGACUUACAGGAAAGGCUCGAGGAUGCAACCUUCAACACAGACAAGGUGGAAGACACAAACCAGGAGUCAAAAGACCAACUCGACAAUGUCAACUUUCAACUGCCCUCACUGGAAACCGGAAACGUUGGGCAGAGGGCUCAAGAUGCCAUAAUGCAAGCAGAAGAAGCAAGUGGUAUGACGAAGGAUGCCGGUAACAAGGUCAAUGACAUCAUUCGAAAGUUGCCGUCAAACAAAGCCAAGGUCGAGCAACUCAUCAAUGAUUCCACAAAGACCAAGAAAAACACCCAAUACGCUGAUCAGCAGACUCAGGAUGUGAAAGAGAAAGUGCCGCAGAUCAUGGACUUGAUCGAGCUGGUGGGAACACAAUCUAGGAAUGUUCGUAGUCUUCGGGACAGUGUUAUGGGCAACAUCACUGAUCUCCGUGAGAAGAUUAUACUAGCCCGUGAUGAGGCAAACAGGAUCCGAGUUGGAAUGGAGUUCCUAGGAAACACAACAGUUGCCCUUAGAAAUCCACCAGAUGUUGACUUGGCUGGGUCAUACAGUCGCUUUACCACUUACAUUCGUACCCAACAAAGUGAUGCCCUGCUGGCUUACAUCGGUGAAGAAUUCAUCCCUGAACGAUCUGCUGAAGACUUCUUGGCCUUGGAGCUUCGCGAUGGCCGAGUAAUGUUUAAGUAUGACCUGGGGUCAGGACCAGCAGAAAUCAGUCAUCCAUGGAGUGUCAACGACAACAAGUGGUAUAAGGUUGUGGUAGAGCGGAUUGGUAAGACGGGUACACUGACAGUCAAGCGUGAUGUAGGUGUUGGGGUGGAGAGCGUGAAGGCUAGUGGUAAUUCCUCUGGGAUCUUUACUGUAUUAGAGCUUAAGCCUGUCACAACAAAGUUCUAUCUUGGAGGUGUGCCUAGUACAUUUAUGCUGCCUAGAUCAGUGAUGGGUUCAAACUACUAUGAGGGCGCAAUGGAGGGUGUGGCCUUUGACAGCCAGCCAAUGGGAAUCUGGAACUUUGUGUAUGGUGAUAAUAAUUACGUUGGUGCUGUAGAGAGGAAUGUACUGGUGGAAGAAAAGUCCAAUGGCUUUAGUUUUAACGGUAAUGGCUGUGCCAUUGUGAGUGCCAAGGAGAUUAAUUUCCGUCCCCAACAGAAGGCUACCAUUAUCCUGCAUUUCAAGACUUAUGCCAGUAAUGGACUUCUCUUCUUUAUUGGGAAGGGACGCGACUUCAGCUCAUCGAAUUAA